UAAAUAUGAUUUUGAAUUCACUAUCCAUGUACUCUGCAUUACUCAUUCACUUAAGACUAGUGGAGUAUGACUUUUGAUAUCCAUACCUCCCCAUUAGAUCAUUUACACUCGUUUCAACUAAGACGUAUAUGAUGCAAAAUUAUGUACCCACGUGUCAUCCCUUAAACGUCACCAAAUAUCAUACUCUACACCUCUACAGUUACUGAAUACCAAAGAUGAAGACUUUGAAGAGGAAGAAAAGAAAAAGGAGAAACCUGAAAAAGAAGAAGAAAAUGGGCACUAAUUAAGGUCAUCAUUACUAUCAUCACUUAAUAUUACAAACAAUUCUUGCUUUUCUUCUUCUCUCUCUCUUUUCCCCCAUUGUUUGCUCCUUCCUUUCAUCUUAUUUUCUACCACCCACAAAUCCCACAAUGUCUCCACCACUCUCAACCUUCCCUUUUACUCUUCUCUCUCCUUCUUCUUCUUCUUUGUCUUUUGAAUUUCAAACCUUAGCUUCUACAAAUAUUCAGCUGUCCUAUAUUUUAUCCUAUUUCUCUAAUCUACCCCUAUUUCAUUUUCCCUUUUGAAUAUAUUACAAAAAGAUAAGGUCAGAAAACUAUGGCAGCUUUUUUGUUCUCUUACAUUUGGGUAAUCAAUCACUUAUAAUUGUUAUUGAGGCUUUAAUUUCUUUGAAAUACUUGAAAUGGGUAAAAGGGUAUUUUUGUUUCACUUCUCUGCUUCAUUCUUCAUCAUUCUUUCUCUUUUCUUCUCUUCAGUUUCAUGCGCUAUAAUAUGGGGAGGAGUUGGACCUGGUGAGGUUCCUACUGAAGCAACUAUCCAAAAGGACAUCACAUCCCCUCUUACAACUGUACCAACCAUAAAUUUCACAGGCGCGUCAUCUGCUCCCGUAUUGAAUCCAAACUCAAUCCCUGAAGACCCGCCUAAGUGGGUUCCAUUUGCUACCCCAACCACAUCCUCACCUGUUAACUCAGGUGCUAGCUGGUGUGUUGCCAGCCAAACUGCUGCUCGGUUAGCAUUGCAGAUGGCUUUAGACUAUGCGUGUGGCCAUGGUGGUGCUGAUUGCACUGCAAUUCAAUCUGGCGGGAGUUGCUAUUACCCAAAUACACUCCAUGAUCACGCUUCUUAUGCAUUCAACACGUACUACCAGAAGAACCCAAUUCCAAAUAGCUGUAACUUUGGAGGGACUGCUGUUGUCACUAACACUAAUCCAAGUACUGAAACAUGCCAGUAUCCCUCUACAAGCACGAGUUCAUCUGUGCUAGACACAACAAAUCAAAACGUCUCAACAGUUUUUGGCGUGGGACCACCUGGACCGUCUAUUUCAGCAGCAGCCCUUGAUAGCAAGGUUUCAUAUUAUUCAAGAUCCUUAUGUUUCAUGGUUCUUCUGCUAAGAUAUGGUCACUAGACAUUGUUAAUCGUAAAGGAGUAGUUCAAGAAGCUCGGUCACUGUUAUCAUUCUGUAGAAAAUUUAGUUAUGAAGAUGUUUAGCCGUGUAGGAUAUGUUUUUCCUUGUAUUAGCAAUCUGAGGGGCAGCUAUAAUCGUGUAAGUCAGGUUAUGUAUUUACUUGUUUCCGGCUGAAGUGCGCUGUUUGAUUCUUAGUCCUGUGAAAGCAGGGGCAGGGUGUAGGUUAUAAUUUUUGAGUUUAUAACCACCAUUUAGGUUGUGCUUUGUGCCUUUGUGGAAUGUAUUUAUGUGGUAGCUUUGCUUGUAAGUUUGACUGAUCAAGAACGAAACAUUUUAACCAAUUGUUGUAAAAAGGCACCAAAAUUGAGUCAUGCUAAA